CAAUACAUGCCCUCAACCCCAGGCUCAUCAAGCGUAGUACCCCGCUUGCAGUGUGUCACUGUUAAACACGCUUGUCCACAAACCUACAAACACUCGUAGGAGUAUAAACCCCGCAGGAAGAAAUCAAAAAAUGUCCCGUUUCAAUUGCAGAAAAUCUUUUCACUUGCAGACAUUUCCAUACAUACAGUACGGAAAGUUAACUAGCGGAUUUCUCUAUCGGGUAGCGCUUGCAUGCAAAGGCGACUAAAUCAAUUCGAGUGAUGUUGCGGAAUCGAAAAGAAAUUGACUGUCAACUAAAUUGAUAAAUGACAAUGUGGAUUUGUUAGAUUUAGAGAGCGGCUCAUGGCCAGGCUUGUUAUGAUGGCUGCAGCGACGUUUGCAGCGCUAUGAGGGGUCGAUUGACUGAAAGACUGCCUAAAUGGUUUCGCCUAGAUGGCUAGCUUGUCGAUUGGGAUGAAACUGACGGUUGUGGGUAUUUGAACUGUGCGAAUGUGGCAAGUAUACAGUGGCUUGUUACGUCUGAAUGAACGAGUUUGCCACUCCGCACUCGAACAGCAGAAAGUGUAAUUGAAUUCGUUUUCAAUGUAAAGGAGUUGGAUACACCGGAUAUGAUACUACUUUUAUAGUCUCGCGACAUGUUUCACAUUUCUUAAAACUAAUCGAAAAAGAUAUAGAGUUAUGUGGUAUAUCAAAAGGAACAGGAUCAAACGGUGACGACAAGUGUUCAAGCAAAAAAUUUAAAUGAGCGAAAUCAAAAUACAACUUUUCAAGUCCCCAUAUACCGAAUAUAGUUCUCAUAUCAAAGACGGUCGGUGGCUGGCUAUUAUAUUAUUAAAAUUCAAGAGUUUUUAUUUCCUGUUAACAUUGUGCCGCAAAUUGAUAUAAUCUGGUCAAUACUUCCCUGAUUUAAACAUUUUCAAACUUCUACUUGACUUUAUGCCAUAUACGUAAUUCGGCCAAUCUGUGAGAUAUCGUAAUGAAACUCAGGUAUUUCCCCUUCUUUAAUAUUCGAAAAUUGCGAGAGUAUUAAAUGUUCGGUUACACCCGAACUUAGCACUUUCAUACUGCUUUUUAAUAGGCUUUUAUUAGCUUGGGUUGUAUGUAUUAAUGGAAUCUUAGAGCUCAAUUUUCACCGGUUUCCAGAAGUCUGAUCAACUUGAAACUUUGCAGACAUGUCAAGGACCGAUGCCAAUGCAAUAAUUUGAUAACAGUUUCCCAUUAUUUUUAAAUUUAAUUUACAUAUUUUACUUUGUUCUAAUAUAAUCGGUAAAUGUCUAAGAAAAAUCAUUAAACUUUUGUUUCUGACACAAAAGGAUGAGGUCACGAAAUGGCGAAAACUGUAUAUUCAUUACACGACAGCUUUGAGUUAAGAGACAAGAUCUGUGUGAUUUGAAAUCAUUAAUAUGAAAUCGAGUUCCAUAGAUAAUAGAAAAUUGUGCUUAAAUUAUUCUUUUUAAUAUUUAAAAAGUAACUAAAUAUUGGAGCACCCUGUAUCGAACCUUUCAUCAAUCAUAAAUAUUACAUGAAACACGUACCCUUUGCAAGGACUUUAAUGAAUUAAAAUCCGAAAUUUUCCCAAAAAAAUUAUUCUUUUAUGUAUUUCGAUUAUUAUGAUUUAGGACAAUAGAGCAUAUGGCAAACAAUACUAAAAAUUUAUUAAGUGACAAGUAUUUACUGUUACUUUCAUUUGUUUGUGACUACGUAAUAUGUGUACUUGAAAAUCCCAAAACUGUGUAAAAAUCGCGAACAUAUCUUUUUAGCUAGAAUUUGGCAGGCACGCAGGUAAACAGGCGAUGUAAGACCGCGGAAUUUCCCCCGUAUUAAGCCAAACAUACUGGCAUACCUAACAUAGGUAUAAUAUAGGUGUUAAUAUUUCUUUUACCUGCAUAGCGCUGAGCUCGAAAAAAAGUAUAAAAGCGGAAAGUGAAAAAUUUUCAAACCAGUUGCAAAACUUUUUGCAUUAAUAGCAUCACUAUCUUAACAUACAGAGAAAAUACGGAACUAACUCAGUAUUAUGAAUAAUUUGAAAAUAUUUCAGUGUUUUUACAUAAGAUUCCUACUACUUAUGUUUGCCAGACAACUGCCAAGGAUCGACGCAGUUUUCACGCCGGAGAACUGUAAAACGCUAAGCGCCGACUCGAACUGUCAGUGCACAACGGAACUUGCGCAUUUUGAGAUCGAAUGCGCGUCAGCCAAAUCGAAUGGCAAAUUUAACCUACGCAUCGGACCAGGAAAGAAUGUUAAGAUCGAGUGUGAGGACAUUGCACCCGAAGACUAUGAGAUUUUGCCAAAGUUGAAAAUUGGUUACACCAAAAUCGUGCAAAUCAAACAAUGUCCACUGCCGCAUAAUGAACAGCCGAUAGCUAAAUUGUUUACACAACUUGGCGUCGAGAGAGUUAAUUAUUUCGCGUAUGCAAUCGACGAGUCCAGCGACAAUAUUACACAACAGCAUUUAAGCGGUCUGGAGAAAUUGCAGCAUUUGAGGUUGAGCGUGAAAUCACAAAAAUGUUUACCGUACAAUCUCUUCGAAAACCUAAAAAGUCUCAUAUGGUUGGAUUUGCGCUCAAACAACUUGACGCUGAACGAUAGCUUGCUGGAAGCUUUGCCGAAUUUAACAUAUCUGGAUUUGGGGCACAAUUUUUUGGAACACCUGCCCGAAGGUGUAUUUAAAAAUCAGCAGAAGUUGCAACAUUUAAAUUUGUGGAGCAAUCGCCUGCGUACACUCACCAAAGAAGCGUUCCGUGGAGCAGGGCAACUGGUGCUGCUGGAUCUCAGUUCGAACGAAAUUGAAAUCUUUGAACAUGAUGUUUUUUCGUUACUCGGCAGUUUGCGGAGUGUAGAUCUAAAUAUGAAUAAAAUUCGUGAACUGCCUGGUGGAUUAUUUGCGCAGAACAAAUACCUUACGGAAUUCAGACUCGUAAACAACAAAGUACGGCUGAAAACCUUACCGCCUGCACUAUUCGCGAAUUUGACGUUUCUCGAAGAAGUUCGUUUGAUAUGUGGCUUGGAACAGGUACCGGCAGAUUUGUUCGCCAAUGCCACUAAACUUACAAACCUAACAAUGAAAAACAAUAUGCUGAAUACAUUACCCGAGAACUUUUUCAAGUAUCAGCACAAUCUCUAUGACCUAGAUUUGUCCAAUAAUCGUUUGGAAAACUUGCCGCAAUCGGUGUUCGGUUUUACAACGAAUCUCAUCGAACUGAGAUUGUCACACAAUCGGCUCGUCGAAAUAUCAAGUGAGAUCUUUAAACCUUUAGUGAAUCUGAAGCUGCUGCAACUCGAUAACAAUAACUUGGUCAGUAUCAGCUUUGAUGCUUUCCGCGACACGGCCAACCUGCAAUUUCUCAAUUUGGCAAAUAACGAAAUCGAUUUCGCGGAUCCGCUAGAUACAACGUCACUGGAUACAACAUCGCUCGAUUCUUUGGACGAAGACUUCGCAAUUGACUCCACCUCGCCUUUCCGUUUCCUGUUUAAACUGCGCGAACUCAACUUGCGUAAUAAUUCUAUAAUGUACCUACAUAAGGAUUGGAGAACACAACUGCUCGAACUGCGCAAACUCGACCUCAGUUACAAUAACAUUCAUAUGUUCUCCGAUCGUGAUCUGCGUUUUCUGAGCAAACAUGCCAUACAAGUUAACCUGUCACAUAAUCUCAUAGAGGAAAUCAAUUUCAAUGGCAUCAACAGCAUGGAAUUACACGCGGACGCACGUACCAUAGUUUUGGACCUUAACGACAACCCACUACACUGCGACUGUGUACUCUUACAUUUUCUACAAUUCAUAUUCGGCGAGUUGAACGAAAAUGUGGGGAACAAAUUUGAAAUCUUAACCAAUAAUUUGCGGUGUGAAGGACCGCCAGCAUUAAAGGAGAAAGAAAUAAUCGAUCUUAGCUACAUGGAACUGGUAUGUCCACUGGAUGAUCAAUAUUCGCAAGAGAAGUUGUGUCCGCACGGUUGUGAGUGCUUAGUACGUCCGAUCGAUUUGAUGCUGAUCAUUAACUGUUCAUAUAGCGAACUGACACGAAUGCCAACGCUACCGAGUGUGUCGAUACUGAAAGGCAUUGAACUGAUCGUAUCGCAUAACAGGCUGGAGAGCCUGCCCCUCAAUGUUACUCACGGUUAUGCCGAUGUUGUGGCGUUACACGUCGCCGACAAUCAACUGCAGGAACUCAAUUUGGAUAAUCUACCAAAGAAUUUAGAGUUUUUGGAUGUACGACACAAUCUACUGAAGAAUUUGAGCGCAGGUGUAUUGAACUUUCUUAACAGCAGCUCAAAUAUGCAAGCUGUUUUUCUCACACAAAACCCGUGGACUUGUGAUUGCGCGGCAAAACCGUUGUUGGAGUUCGCACAAAGUGUGGCAGUACGAAGUAAACUCGUCGAACACGACAUGCAACACUUGAGCUGUUUCAUGAAUUUGGCUAAUUCAACGACCAGCUUAAGACUUCGCGAUAUUAGCGAAAGUCAAAUAUGCCCAGUCAAACGGAAUUGGUUCUUCAUCAUUGGUCUGACAAUCGCACUCAAUAUAUUGAUUAUCGGUAUUUGCACUAUAAUUUAUCGCAAAUAUAGAAAUAGAAUGUGUAGGUGUUUCGACGUCAAAAUGGAAGUUGACGAUAAGUAUUACGACGCUUUUGUCUCUUAUGCGCCGCUGGAUGAACACUUCAUCUUAGAGCACUUGAAACCCGAGCUAGAGAAUGGACCGAUACAAUAUCGGUUGUGUUUACACAGUCGUGACUGGAUCGUCGGCGAUUGUUUCACACAGCAUAUUGUGCGUUCUGUAAACGAGUCGCAGCGCACUAUAGUGAUAUUGUCGCAGAAUUUCAUAAAAACCGUAUGGUCCGACACGGAAUUCCGUAUGGCGCAUAAAACUGCACUAGCUUCAAAGCAACACCGUUUGAUAAUCAUAAUCUAUGGCGACAUCGACGACUUUGAUAGCUUGGAUAGCGAACUAAAGGCGUGCCUUCAAGCGAACACCUACCUAACGUGGGGAGAUCUCAACUUCUGGAGGAAACUGCGCGCCGUUUUGCCGCAAAACACUUGCAUCGAGCGGUUGGAAAAAGAAAUGUCUAAGUUAGAGAUAUGUGUGGCUUAGAGUGUAGCGAGCCAAUAUGAAAUAGCAGAUCGUUCCCGUUAGGUGUAAUAUGUACUGUUGAAAACCGUAGCUGUUUAGAAUUGACACACAAAGAUUCGAUGUAAAAUUGUUCCUUUAUAAAAUUACUCAUUUAUAAAAAAUAUAAAAAUAUAAUAUAUAAAUUUGUGCCAUCUUCCCGGCAAAAAAAAAAUAUUUUAAAUUAAUUUGUCUAGUACUAGUUGUGGCUGGAAAAUAUUGAUCGAUUAUGUAUUGCUUAGUCAGGCCCAUAUCUGAAAAUAAAUGAUCAGAAAAAAGUACUUCCAAACUAACUAGGUAACAAAAAUACUGAAUCUUUCAGAUGAAAUCGAA